AUGUCAGAUUUAGAAGCAAAUGAUCAUGGUAUGAAUCAGGAAAAUGACGAGGUUGAUGACUUAUUCGGUGAAGAUGAUGAACAACAAACUGAAACGCAGAUGGAGAAUGGUGAAGAUAACGAAGACGAGGACGAUACAGAUGGAAACGACGACGACGACAAAGAGGAACACGAGUUGAAGACACUUGAUAUAGCUUUACCUCGUCAUGCUGUAGCACAUAAGCCAGAGGAAGACACAUAUACGUUGAAAAUGCCAGUGUUUUUGAAUGUAGAAGCCCAUCCAUUCGACCCUACUGAAUUCAAGGAAAAAGUUGGUCAAAAUGCAAUUGAAAGAAAGAAUAGUUCUAUGAAUGCAAAGCAAGUCCAAAAUGAUUUGAAUGCAGAAAAAUUAUUGAAUGAAAAUACUAUAAGAUGGAGAUACACUAACAGUGGUAAUGAUGAAAUCAUUAAGCAAUCAAAUGCCCAUUUUGUACAAUGGAAUGACGGAUCAAUUUCAUUGAAAAUAGGAAGCGAAAUGUUUGAUUAUAAAGAAUUACCGGUUUAUGAUAAUUUUUUGGUUAAAACUCAUGACGAUUACGAAAUUUUACAAAAUGAUUCGAUAAUAAACAAGCUGGUAAACUUAUUGCCAUCGUCAGCUUUUACAUCCACCCAUAAAAAAUUAACUGAGGCAGUUAAGAAUAUUCAAAAGAAAGAUAAAAUCUUGAACACAAUUACGGAUAACGAUCCGUUAUUAAAACAAAGAAUGGCCGAUGAAAAUGAAAAGAAGUCGCUUAAAAUGAAGAGACAGAUGGAAAUGAAGAGAAGAUUACAAGAAGAAAGAUUAGAAAGAACAAACAGUCCUGUGCCUGGCAUGAGAAACUCUUACGAGCCUGCCUACGAAAGAUUCGAAAGAACUUAUGGUGAUGAAGAAUACGACGAGGAAGACGAUUUCAUUGCCAACGACGAAGAGGAAGAAGAAGAGGGCUUCGACGACGACGAAGAAGAGGAAGAAUUUGAAAAGGGGUCCGAAAGAUUGAAGAAAUUAAAGGACGAAGGUGCUUCUAAGUAUAGUAAUCGAGACGAAACCGAAGAAGAGCUGCAAAAUAACGAACAAUCCACUCAUCAAAGAGAAGAAGAAGAAGAAGAUAACAAGCAAGCAAGGAAGAAGCGGAGAAUUAUUGAUUCUGACGACGAAGAAUAG